AUGCAGUUAUUUUGGGAAGUUUGGACUACUACAUCCGAUUCAUCGAAGGCUACGCGAUCUAUGCGUCAGUUCUGUAUGAAUUGCGAGAGAUCCGCUGCGACGAUGAAGGACACCACCCAAGCACAGAUCCAACGAGUAUUAAAGGUGGAGAAUGUGGAUCAAGAAUCACAGGAAGAUCAAGUGCAGGAUCUCACGGAGGUGGAUCUACGUUGGAUCCAUGCCUAUAAGUCUUUCGGUGUUCUUCAAUCCAAGAUCACCAUUACCCCGAUCCUGCGGCAUUUUGAUCCAGAUCGAAGAGCUACGGUUAUGGAAUAUGACAAGACCUACAACCCCUGUAUCAAGGAUAAGGACGAGAUCCUAGGAGCAUUGAUAGCCAGUAUUACGCCUAGAUCUGACGCGGAUAAGGCAUUGAUCUUGCUCGCCCCUAAAAAGGAACCGCGACGCAAGAUCCAGACCUCGACCCCCACUAUCAAACGUGACAAGGAUCUAUAUGCCAUCCGCCGUGUCAAGAGAGGUGGAGGCGCCUACAGCGCUAUCCUGUGGAAAUUGCCUGAAUGUAGUGUACUGAAAGCUAGAUCUGGCUAUGACGAGGGCUUAACAGCUAACGAAGAGGAAUACCAUGGACUACUGUUACGCUUGAACUACUGGAAGACGUGGAUUCACGGCGCCUGGUGA